UAAAUUUGAUAAAUAUUGGGAAAAUUAUAGUGUUGUUCUUUCUUUUGCUGCCAUGAUGGAUCCUCGUUAUAAAUUUCAAUUGAUCAAAUAUUGUUUUGAACACUUGGAUCCUCAAAAUGGGUCCUGGAAAGCCAACCAAGUCAAAGACAAACUCUAUGAUUUAUUUGCGGAGUAUGUAAGGAAUGAUACUCCCUAUGACCGUGAAGCUAGUAGUCAUGUCGUGGAUGAUGAUCUUCCUGUUGCGCGUAUGGCAAGGGAUUUAUUAGCCAUUCCAAUUACUACUGUUGCAUCCGAGUCAGCUUUUAGCUUAGGAGGUAGAGUGCUUACUAAGUAUAGAGCUUCUCUUCAACCGGAUACUGCUGAGGCUUUAAUUACUAGUCGUAGUUGGCUAUUUGGUUAUAAAGUAAAAGAAGAUCCACUUGAAAAUGGAUUAGAGGUUGAUCUUCCACCAAUGUGUAAUGAAGAAGCUAACAAAGAUUUAGAAGAUGAAGAUGAAGAUGAAGAUGAAGAAGAUGAAGAUGAAAAAGAAGAUGAAGGCGAAGAAGAAAAUCUAAAUGAAGAUGAAGUGUUUGAACAAUUUGCUAUUUAAAAUGUUCUUAUUUAUACUUUUAAAUUGAUUCAUUUGGAUAUUUUUUUUUGUAGUAUGAUGCAUUUUAGACAUUUUAAUGAUUUUUUUUUAUGUUGAAUUAGUCGAUUGGAUAUUCUGAUGUUUUAUGGUAACCCGUUGGAUCAAUCCGAACCGACCCGAAACCCGGAGUGAUCCGACCUGAAACUGACCCGAUCCGAAACUGACCCGACCCGAAAAUGACCCGACCGAAAUUGAUCCGACCCAAAACCCGACCGACCGACCG